CUAUGUGUUAGCGUAUCCCAGCGGAAUCAUCUCGAAUACCGUUUACAGGUUAGAGUAACAAUUGUGCUCGUGCACAGUGAGUGAAAUUGAAAAAUCCAUCAAAUUACUACUAAAAUUACAGAAAUGCAACCUCAAAUAAUAUUACUCAAAGAGGGAACAGAUGCUUCACAAGGAAAGCAGCAAUUAAUAUCAAACAUAAAUGCAUGUCAAAUAGUAGUGGAUGCUGUGAGGACCACUCUAGGUCCUCGAGGAAUGGACAAACUUAUUGUGGACCAAAAUGGAAAAGCCACUAUUUCAAAUGAUGGUGCAACCAUCUUGAAACUACUAGAAGUUGUUCAUCCUGCAGCUAAGACCCUUGUGGAUAUUGCUAAAUCUCAAGAUGCAGAAGUUGGUGAUGGUACUACAAGUACUGUCUUAUUAGCUGGAGAAUUUUUGAAGCAAAUGAAACCUUUUAUUGAGGAAGGGGUACAUCCCCGUAUUAUCAUUAAAUCUCUUCGUCUUGCACUUCAAAAAGCUGUGGAUGUAAUAAAUGCUGUUAGCGUGAAAAUUGAUAAAUCUCAGAAAACAAAACUUACAGAACUUUUAGAAGAAUGCGCAGCUACAUCUAUGAGUUCUAAGUUAAUUCAUCAACAAAAAGAAUUUUUCAGCCGUUUAGUUGUGAAAGCUGUUUUGAUGCUUGAUGAUUUGUUACCCCUUAAUAUGAUUGGUAUUAAAAAGGUGUCUGGUGGAGCUUUAGAAGAUUCAGAAUUAAUUAAAGGCGUUGCUUUUAAAAAAACAUUUUCAUAUGCUGGAUUCGAAAUGCAACCUAAAAAAUAUAAGGAUUGUAAAAUUGCUUUGUUGAAUAUAGAAUUAGAACUAAAAGCAGAGAGAGACAAUGCUGAAAUACGAGUAGAUAAUGUUGUUGAAUAUCAAAAGAUAGUUGACGCUGAAUGGCAGAUUUUAUAUAACAAAUUAGAUAAGAUUCACAAGAGUGGAGCCCAAGUUGUAUUAUCAAAAUUACCUAUUGGUGAUGUUGCUACACAAUAUUUCGCAGAUAGAGAUAUGUUCUGUGCUGGUAGAGUUCCUGAAGAAGACUUGAAACGAACAAUGAAGGCUUGUGGUGGCUGUAUCUUGACUACAGUACAUGAUAUUAAAGAUUCAGAUUUGGGAAAGUGUGAGAUGUUCGAAGAAAAGCAAAUUGGUGGAGAGAGAUUCAAUUUGUUUUAUGAAGGAGUGCGUACAAAGACAUGUACAUUUAUACUGCGUGGAGGAGCAGAACAAUUCUUAGAAGAAACUGAAAGAUCUUUACAUGACGCCAUAAUGGUUGUAAGGCGCAUGGUCAAAACUAAUGCCUGCGUAGCAGGUGGUGGCGCCAUUGAAAUGAAAUUAUCAAAAACUUUGAGAGAUCACUCUCGUGUUAUAGCAGGCAAAGAACAACUGUUAAUUGCGGCAAUAGCUCGUGCGUUAGAAGUUAUACCAAGACAAUUAUGCGAUAAUGCCGGAUUCGAUGCAACAAAUAUUUUAAACAAAUUAAGGCAGAAACAACACAAAGGGAUGUACACCUAUGGCGUUGACAUCAACACUGAAGAUAUUGGAGAUAAUAUGGCAGCUUAUGUAUGGGAACCUGCUGUUGUAAAAAUUAAUGCUCUCACUGCCGCGACUGAAGCAGCUUGCCUGAUUUUAUCAGUUGAUGAAACUAUUAAGAGUCCUAAAAGCAGUCAGGAUUCGCAACCUCAGAUGGGUCGUGGUUUAGGACGACCCAUGUAAAAUUGCUUUAUUCAUUGAACGAAAAUGAUAAGCUUGAAUAUUUAAUAUUAAUAAUACAUGUAUUGGAUGUAUUGGAACAAAACUGUUUAUACACUAAUAAUCUAUUAUAAUAUUCCAUGCAAUUCUUUUGCAUAUUUUUUUCUUACAUUUUAAUAAUAAUUCUCAUCGGACUGUACAAGUAUUUUAACAUUCAAUCAUUAAAAUUAUAAGACAAAUUUCAUAUUCAA